AUGGCUUAUCUCUGUUCACCCCUGAAGCUGCUGGGUCACCGGGUGGGGCUGGGUCACCUCAGACGGCAGCUCCUUCUAGUGAUGGCUGCAGGGAGGAAAGGCCGGGACACAUGUCUCUUCAGGUUGCUGUGGAAGGAGGCCAUGGCCCUGAAGAGCUGGAUUUUUCACUGGUGGGUCCUCAGCAAAGACCACUGCCAUAUCGGGGACAUAGACCUGCACGACCAUCACGACCUCCACGUGAUCGUCCGCAGCUCUUUGACCAUCAUGGGCUACUUUCUCAGCCUGCUACAGCUGCUCUCCACCUGUGUGGCCGUCUCCCUGGUGGCCAGUGUGGGCACCUGGGUGACUGGUCCAUGUUUGGUUCUUCUGCUUCAUCGUGACCUUAACAUCUUCAUAGUUGGGUUACGUGGGCUCCAGUCCCGCCUCCACCUCUUCUGGGACAGCCUUCUCGUCACCUGUGCCUGCCAUGCCACCCUCUUACGCCUCUCGGCCUCCAUCCUCUUUGCCAUCACCUACAUCCAGUUCUUGCCUCACAGCCCCUUUCGGGACCACGCCAUCGCUGCCACUGCAUUCUCUUGGAUGGUUUCUGUGGCUCAUACCACCCAAGCGGCCUGGACCUGUGCCCUGACUGGCGAGUUCUCCUGCUAUACGCUCACCUUGCCAGGCCUGCUCAACAGGCUGGAGAUCUUCAUGGCCUGUGUCAUCUUCGCUUUCAUCUGCAGCCCCCACCUGUAUCAGCAGCAGCCGGCCCUGGUGUGAUGCGUGGCCGUGUGCCCCAUCUGCUUCCUCCUGGCAGCCACGGCCAUCUUGCUGAACUGGUGCAACUGGAACAGCAGUCCUAUCCCCGCCCCCAUUUUCCAUUUGGGGCUGACCCUGCUCUCCGUCCUCCUCUACACCUCCGCUGUGGUCCUCUGGCCGCUCUACCAGUUCGUCAAGAAGUUCGGCAGGCAGCCCCGGCGAUCCAGUGAUGUGAGUUGCCGUGAUAGACUCACCUCCUAUGUGUGCGUCUGGGAACCAUGGCUGCCUAUGGCCAUCUUGACAGCCAUCAACCCGCUGAUUUAUGUGGCUGCCCUGGUGGAUUUGGCCCGCCGGUUUUUUUUAUCAGGUUCUGAGGCUCUGCACAGGGCUUCCCAAUUCCCUCUUGUCAAUGGAAGUUUCUACACCAAGCUCUGA